UUUCCUUGAAUUCUAUAGGCGAGCUUCCUGAAGUUCUCUGGCAAGCUGGUCUACCAUCACCAUCCCCACGCCGUGUGAGUCGGCCAUGUUUAACCGUUCACUUGAUACUAGCAGGAUUCCAGUCCUCAGGUUUGUGUCCUAGUGAACUUGUUUCCUUGUUAUGGUGGGCAGUAUAUAAAUGAUUUAUUGUGGAUAGCUCAUGCCUUUGUUUGAAGUAUAUACAUGGUUUAUCAUGGGUAAAUUUCUGAACUGGAAACCAAAAUUAUUUGUGCACCAUUUUGGGAGGCCAUGGCAAGAGGAUUCCAUGAGAAGCUCAUGUCAAAGCUUUGUGAAGAGCAGAGAAGUUGGAGAGGCUGUGGCCUCUGCUUCCUCCUGACGUUCCUCUGGUUUUGGUCCCCCACUGAAGGUAGCUCUGUCAACUGUGCUCUGGACGUGUGUACACAGAAAAUGAUUAAAAAGAAAAUAUAUUUUCUUGCUGUUUAAUCAGGGAAUUGCAGUUUAUUGUAGCACUCAUUUAAAUGCUCACAGACUAUGAUCACCAACAGAUGACCUUGCAAUGAAAAGGAUUAAACAGCCAAGCCACCUACACUGGAGUUAAAAAAACCCCCAUAAAUUGAUUAAGCAGUUGUCAACCAGAUCUGAGAGCUAAAUCAAAGUGUGACUAGCAUUAGUGUAAUAAUUAUUGACAUGGCAAUCCAGGUUUUGAAAGAUGUUUGUUACUAAAAGAAAAUCUUCAGACAUCUCAACAUUUCCCCUGUAAGUUCUGUUCCUAGGAAUCUCUCAAGAAUUUGUCCUAGCCUGAUAAUGCAUUUCCAUGUCACUCUAUGUGCUGAAACAAGGAUAGUUCAUGAACUAUCAGUGACACCCAUUGUGAAUUGAUGUUUUACAUAUUCUGAGAUCUGGACUUUGUGGCAUGUUUAGAGAUGACAACAUGCUGUUCAUCAUACCAGUCUCACAGAGGAACUCAUUUCGGGUUGGUUUGGAUAUGGCACGAGUCACAGCAUCCUGAAUAACUGGGCUUCAGCAUCAGGCUCGAUGCAGCCUGUUCCCCUCCAAUUUUUCCUGUUGUUGUCUUGUAUCUGAUGCAUUGCUACAUUUUCCAGUUAUAUAAAUUUAAGUUUUGCAGGUACUUCCGCUAAUCAGGAGACAAACACUUUGGGCGUUGCUUUUAUGCCUUUUCCAUCCAUUAUGGAAUUUCUGCUAGGUGCUGCAAUGGCCAGAGUGAGAAUAUUACCAUCAAGAAUGGUGCAUGAGAAUUUGCACUUUUUGAAACACAGAUUUGAGAUCCAGUGACUUGGACCUUUCCCUUUCAGGUAUUCUCAGUUCCUAAUUGGUCUAUAGCAAGUCACAAGAAUGUUAAACGUUGCAGGCAAUCAGUCCAUGUCAUCUCAAAUGGUAGAAUCUUGUUCAGCUACACUCAUCUCAGGUUACAGUUGUUUGGCCUCUGUGUGUGUCUGUGGAUUUAUUCUGUUGUUUUGGGUUUGUUUUUUUUUUUCUUCUCAGAGAAGUGUAGGUUCCUAAUCUCAUUGAUCUGGUUUCUUCAUAUUAGAUCAUGUUACAAAUUCCAAAUCAGAUUACAAUACAAUCAGAUUAGUUUCUUCUCCUUAAACAGAACAACUUAAAUGUCUGGACCUGGUACUUAAAAACAUAUUUUGGAGAAUUUGUCUACUUUGAGUGUGCAGAAGUAGCAGAGCACUCAGUAUUGAAUGUAUCAUCCCCUUAAUGUUAUUUCAAGGAAUCUUUCUGUAGUUAGUAAGCAGCGGAUUAAACUAAUAGCCUGAGAAAGCAGUUUUCAGGAGAACACUCUGGCAGUUGCAAUGUCACUGCUGUUCCCACUGUAAGUUUCCUUUGCCUUCUUCGAAAACUCAUGUGAACAGGGUAUAUCACACGGUCUGCACUCCAAGCUUGUUUUAUGAUCUGGCACUACAUUUCUAGGAAGCACAUUACUCAUCUGAGUCAGACGUGUCUCUCUUUUGUAUCAAAACAUUCAAUUACUUAUGAGAGCUUCACUUUUCAGUAAAAGGUGUUGUUUCUGUAAAUGUAUGAAUUUGUUUCAGGCCAGAGAAUGUUGGCACCAGGCUUUGAAGAAAGCUGUAUUGCAUUCUCGUAUUUUCAGCUGCUAAAUUAUGGGCAAUUAAUUUAAGGUGCAGUCCUCAUACUAUAGAAAGGAUAUUUUCAAGGUCUUUAUGGCUGGAAUCUUUGGUCCCACUAGACCAUUUUCAAAGCCCUCAAAAAGCACUGGAACUGAAUCGGAGCUAAAUACUCCUCCAUUUAGUUUAAUAAUAAUAAUAAUCAUCAUCAUAAUUUCUCUAGUUAUCUGCAGAUAUUAAGCAUUUAACGUGGCAUUGAAUAUUUAUGCUGUACUUAAGAUGUAGUGCUUAAAAAAUUCACUGAAGACUUGAGCAAAGUAAAAACAUUCUGUUCUUAUUAUUUCUGAUAUUAAAAUUAACAACAAAAAAGUAUGAGUCAGCAUUAUUGAUAUUUGAAUGGACCAUACAUUAGAAGUCCCAAAUUGUGCCAAUUACUCGUUUAAGAACUGUCAUUGUGGCAGAAUAGUUAAUCAAAUGGCCAAGGAAAACAUUUCAAGUCUUUUAAAUGAAACUGUGAUAGGUGAAAAUAUAUAUUCAGGUCAGAAUAUGUCCUAAUAAACUAUAUAACCUUUUUCUUGUUUAGCUGAAAACAUCUUCUUUCCAGUGUUUUGUUUGUUUUUGCAAGAGCCGAUCUGAAUUUUAUUGUAGAUAAAGCAUACUUACCAAAGGAACCCGUUAAUUGUAAUAGCAAGCGACAUACAAGGAUGCAAUUUGACCACACGGUGGAGCUUUCUGCUUUCUGCAGGAAAAAAUGUUCAUAAGAGAAGUCUGACUGCCAGACUCCUCCAGCAGAGAGAGCUGUGAAGUCCAAGUUCCAGAAAAACUGUUCUUUAUGGAGAUUUAUGCUUCUAUGUGCAACAAGAGACGUGGAUGGCUUGUUUUCUGUUGUGUUUUGGUGGUUGUUUGUCUUUGUUUGUCUUGUAGGUUUUUUGGUUGCUUGGGGGUGGAAGGUGCUGUGGGGUGUUUUCUUGUCUGUUUGGGGUUUUUGUUAGUCUAGGGUUUGUUUGUUUGUUUGUUUUUCCCUGGGCCUGGAAGUUGCAUCUAAGGGUGAAACUAAUUAUCAACACAUUUAAUUCAGACCAGCAAAUUCCAGUUUAUUUCCAGCAUUAUGGUUGCACUCUUAACCCAUUGUCACAUGCAUAUGAAGGGGUUCUCAGCCUAUGCAUCAUCCCUAGGUGCAUCAAAUUCAUCAUACAUACACAUUUCUUUCACAAAUAAAAACAGUAACCUAUCCUCACCCUCUUUCCUCACUGGAUUUCUGCCUACAAGAAGUUCAUUGUAUGUUUUGCCUUGCUCUGAGUUCAUCUUGUGUCGUACUUGACUUGGAUCGCAUUGAAAGGAAAGGCUAAGGACCAGCAGCAGAUGCAGAAACGUUACUUAAUAAAUUGCUAAUCCAUCCUCAUUAACAAAGAAGUCCUUCCAGAGUGGGUAUUAAGAGAAAAAGCUUUUGAUAUUUGUGCAGACUUAAGAGAACAUCUGUGUUUGUGAUGGCAGCAGAUUCAUUGCGUGACAAUAGAAAUGAAGCCUCAAAGAAACAUCCUUUUGCCAAUAAAAGAUUUUUUACAAGAAUCAUCUUUCAUUGUUCUUUUUCUUUUUGCUGAUUUUUUAACUUUUAUCUUUUCUUACCUAUUGGUAGACAUGUUACCCCAUUAGAAAUGAGCGCUCAUCUUAAAAGAACUAAUCAGAUCAUACACUAAUACUUUCAGCGGUUCUGUUCUCUCACUAACUUUUCUGUCCUUUGAAUUAGAAUAUGAAGUUAAAGGUCUGUCUGUACAUACAAAUGCUCAGGCUGAAUUAAAUAACCUCCUAAUUUGGGAUUGGUUCAGUUUAAUUCUUUAGGCAAUUAAACCAGUUACCCAAUUAAACAAAUCAGUAUUAGCUACAGCUAAGAUGAUUCACGAGUAUGCAAAGGGAUUGCACUCAUUUAAUUAAACCUACAAAAAACUAUUUAAUUCCAUUGAUAUAAUGUCUGCAUUUAGGUUUCACCUCAGAAACAUUUGUAAAUUGUGAAAAGAACCACAGAUCUUAAAACUUUGAGAACAUAUGUUUUUUAAAAAACAUGUGAAAAUUAUACUUUGGGACUAGAAAAUAACUUCACAAUUAUACCACAAGCAGGAAAAGACAAAAAAAAAGGUCAAAAUGAAGCUGAUCAGUCUAAUUUUGUCAUGCAAUAUUAAUGAAAAACUAAAUAUUAAUGACAGGUCAUGAGCCACGAUUCUAUUAUCAAGACUUAAACUGCUUUGCAUGAGCUGAGCUGUAGAGGAUGUCCACAUGCAUCUUCAUAGCACAUCUCAGAUCUUAGAUGAGUGAAUUUAGCUAAGCCCAUGCUGUCUAUUAUAGGGCUUUUUCAAAGCAUUCCACCUACGCAGCAUAUUAAAAAAUAUCAUGAGACUAGUGAACACAAUAGAGGAACUUACAAAAAGUAGCAUGUGUUUAAUGUGUGCUGGCAGGAAGGAGAAGAUCAUUUCCACAGUAUCUACUUACAUAAUUUGAGGUUUUUCUUCUAACUUCCGGGCUUAAACACUUGACCUCUGUGACUUCAAUGAUAACAUUUAAUUCUACAGCAGAAUAAGGCUUAUGUAUUUGCAGCAUAUGAGGUCCUUGGAGGUAAGGACUGUUUUAAAUAUAUAUAAUAUUAUUAUUUUGUUAACAUUUACUUGAUGUUUGUAAGCCAAAUUUUGUGGGUUUUGCAUUGUUUUUAUAAUCCUUUUGCACUGAGGAUAGCUCACACAAAAGCCCCCAAAUCCAAACAAGCAAAAAAUCCAAGAUCUUUACUCUGCACAAAUGGUUUAAGGAACGAUCUUCCCUUGAAGAUGUGUGUUUUGUGCUCUCUUCUAAAAACUAGGCUAGAAACAUUUAAUGCAAAGACUAUGGGUCUGACUUACCAUCCACUGAAGUCAGAGGCAGAAAAGUGAUUUUAUUCAUCACUGUAGUGCUCCUUCUGUUCAGCUGAAUCACAUCAAUUCAGAACGCUUAAAAGCUCUAUAACUUUCUUUUUUCCUUUUGAGACAAAAAGCUACUAUGAGAAAAUUUGUUAUGUUGAAAAAGUGAGGGUGCUAAUGGAUUAUUAAGCAUCUGGGCGAACCUUACUAGACAGGUUUUCCUUGGGAUAACUCAAUUUAAUAGAGUAUAAUAGAAUUUUCUAGUAUAUGUUAAAGUCCAAAUGUUGAUGUGUAAAAGCAAAGAAUGAAAGUCCCUUUGAGAAAUCUACUUGAUUAUUUGAAAUUGCUGUAACCUUAUAACUCCUUAUUCCAGUGAUGAGAUAAUGACAUAAUUUCAAAGUGGGUGGCUUAGUGUAAUACACGUUUCAUUUAGAUUCUUCCUAAUAGGUGACGUUUAUUGAAAGCUGACUUUUGAACCGUGUUCUGUGCCUUGUGCUAUCUAUCUGCCUUGGAGCCGUUGGACAUUGUAAUUACAUUUUGCUUCAUUUCCUGUAUAAUUUAUGUGGAAAUCCUUCCAUGGUAGGAAAGUACAAAGCCCAGAUAAUGAGAACAUGCCAACGUAUAAGAUUUAGGGUGGUUGUUUAGACUGCAGCUCAAACAGCCCAUGACUCAUGCACUUCCAAGGUCAUCCAGCACAUAGUGCGCUCAGGCAGCACAGCUCUUCUGAGAGUGUAUAAAAUAAAAACAUUUUGCUGUUAUUAAUAAACAUCAAUCUUAACAUCAUUAUUUCUAGAAAUAGAGGUGUGUCUUAUAGGUAGAGUAAGAAGAAAUGCCAAACCUUUGUGUUGAGUUACUGUGGCAUUUAGCCACUGGCACACUGUGUGAAGAAUAUUAAGAAUAGUUUUGUGCCAGGGCAUAAUGUUUUGAAGUCUCCAAAGCUUUGCUAAAUUGUUUUGUUACUCUUUCCGACUUUUCCCCUUGGCAGUUUCUUGAUAUGACUAGAUGGGGGGUUUUAAUUAAUGUGUUUCUUAAUGCCUUUCCUCUCCCCCCCCAGUCCUUUAGAAAACUCCUGUAGCUAAAUCACGAUACUGCCAGUUCCUCUUGUUACCAGCCUGGUCUAAAUUACAUCCAGAGACAAUAAGCUGUAUUUGUUUUCUAUGCUAAGGUAUUGUAUAUCUUCAUUAUGCAUUGUUGGCUUCAAGAGUUUGUGGAAUUUGUCUAGGUAGAAUCUCUGAAUCCUGUUUUAAUACUGCAGACUCUGUAUAUACCUGGAUGUCUUUCAUUACAUUCUUACCAUAUAUUUCAUGUGCUAAGAAGCAGAAAUGGGCCACACGACAAGUGCCAGUGAGCAUGUUGGCCACCGAAAGUGACGUUUCAUUCGCUUUGCCUCCUUGGUCUACUGACAAAGUUUGCUCCAAAUUACCUGUAGCAAAACUAAAGGGAGCAACUUUCCACAGAGUACAGAGAGACUAUAUUCAUUUACUUUCUGUGAUUGUAAGUUCCUUGAACUCUUCUUCUUUUCUUCUAAAAUAUGAAAUUUCUUUUUAUUAUUUAUUUGUUAAAUGUUCUAAAAUUAUCUUCUUCAUUUUCACUGAAUCCUAGGUCUGGCUUGUAAUGACUCAAGUAAGUCUGGAAAAUAAUUUGGUUACAGUGCUUUCAAAAAGGUCUCUGGUGAAAUGAAUAUGUCUGUGGGAUGCGCGUCAUACUGCUGGAUAGAAAAAACAGCACAAAAUACAGGUUCUCUUGUAGGAGAAGUAGCUACAGCCUGUAACACCUGAAAAAUAAGUUCUCAUAUGGUGCCUAAUUACUUUCUUGCCACCUGAAAGGAAAGAGCUGCAAGUCCCAGGGACAGUGUGUCAUGCAAACUAGGGCAGUGCUGCAAACCGGGUGCAUCAGUGUUGUAAGAGCUAUUGGGGCCUCCUCUGCCUCACUGUGGAUACCCGGCUUGGCAUGUGGCUGCUUCUGUUUGUUCCCAUCUCCUCUCUGCUCCCCUUCUAUUUGUCCUUAGCCACUGUCUUAGCACCAGGCUCUAAAAUGCUCUCGACAAUCUUCUGAAUUUGAUAUACUCUGAUGUGAAUUGUACUGUCACAGAAAUGUAUAUUUUAAUAGUCAUGAUACUCAUCUAUGAAUAAAAAUAGUCAGGAUGAUAUAAGAUCAGUUAACUGCACAGGCGGAGCUUUUUAACGGAAUAUUUUUCAUGUGGAAUGUGAAUUCACAAAGAAUAUUGAACCACGAUGGGAGUAUUCCCCUUGAUGGAAGUCUGAUAAAUGUCAGCAAGAAUUAUGAAUGUGCUGAAAUUGAAGAGCAAAACAUAGUGUAUGAAAUUAAACUGUCCAAACAGGCUUAUGGGGAGACAAUGAUUUAACAAAGUUCAGUAGAUCAAUUUUACUCUCAGUAAGUGAAGACAACGGCUUUGGCAUUGUUACCCUGGAAAUCCCAUAACUGCUCUUACAUCCAGCUGCACAUCUAUGAUAUCUCUGGGGACUAAACAGGUGAACUGAGAUUGUAAUUUGAGAAUGGAAUGUCUUUCAAGUCCAACUGGAUUGUCUUUUGAUCUUAGUUCUUUCAGUUCUAAAAAUAAAUGUCCUCAAACUGAGGAGUUUCAGUGUUUCCACAUGAACUUGGAUGCUGUACAGCAUCGUUACUGAUCACUGGUUUCUAUGGGGUUGAAUGUUUUUAGCACUACUGAUAAUUAGUUCACUUAAAGAUGCACAAGUCUCCUUUUUUCAGUGCUUCCAAAUACCUUAUUUCUCACCUGUUUUAUGUACUGAAGGAUCUGGAGAAAUAAUAUUCGCUUGCUGCAAUUUAAACUGAAAGUCCAUGGGAAUGGACAAGCAUGGAGAAUAUAGCCUGCUGUUUGCUUGAAUUUUCACUAAGCAGAGUUCGCCAACCCAGAUUUUUCCUGGAUAAAUGUUUGAAAAUGCAAAAUGAUCCUAUGGAUUAAAUUUGAGGCUUCCUGUUACACACAGGGAGCUGCCACUAAGUUUUGCAAUAAAAGGUUAAUGUCCUGGUUUACAUUCAGUUAAUGGUAAUUGAAAUCAAAUCUAUAAUCCUUGUAGUAUUCAUUCAGAGUAAAACAAACCCCAGUAGGUUUCUGGAUUCAAUAGAGCAUAUUGAAAUAGGCAGCUGGGUGUUCUGGCUGCUAAACUGCUGAGCUGAAAGGCAAAACCAAAACCUUCUUUGUGAUUCAAGUGAACGCUUCAGUUCUUUAAAGAGGCCAUUGCAGGGGUCAUGGGCAACAGAGGAUGGCACCAACUUCAAGGAUGAGCUCUUGAAGACUGCUUUUUGUUUUCUCUUGAAAAGCACUGUGCAUCCUUCCGUCAGGUGGGCUCUGAAUCCGUGAUUGCUGUUUGUUGUGCUUUUAGUGUUCGGUAGUAACUUCAGAUUAUGUAUGUGGUUCCAGCACUGGCAGUAUUAGAGCUAUAUAAAUAUCAGGCUCAAAUUGUUGCUUGGUUUUUUAGACUUCAGGCUUCCUUCUAACAAGCAGAAACAAAACUAAUCUUCCUUGUUGACAUGUUAAGAUAUACUCCCUAAUUAAAUCUAUGUAAGUCAUAAAUGUUAGCAUUUUAAUGGGUUUGGUAGUGCUGUACUACCAUCAUAUUAAAGGAUACUGCUUUAUCUGUGAAAUGUAGUAAUUUAUGUGCGCUACCAAUGAUGAUAAAUCUUAAUCUCUCCAGUGUGGUUCCUUCAAAAGAAAACUAAAGUAUCCAAAAGCCCAGGGGGAAGUAGGAAUAGUAAUACAGAGGCAGAAAUAGCUGAGUUUCUCUCCUGUAUUUUUAAGAGAUCUAGCUUAUGUUCUCUGAGGGAUUCAGGACAUUACUGUGUCAAAACCUACCUUGUGGGUGUACAGAAGUUUUCCUUAAGUGUCUAUCUGCUGCAUGAGUUCAACAUUUCUGCACAUAGCUGGAAUAAGCAGGCAGCUAAUGGACUUUAGUAGACGGCCUGACUAGAGAAGCACUUAUUCUCCUGAGUUAAGGCAGCAGAAUCUGGCCCCCAAUGCUUUGCUGACAGCUGAGGUGCCAAGGAACAAUUACAGUCAUGGAAAUAUAUUUGAACUCACACUGUUGGUUUUCAGUUGUAAAAUGGAAAGCAUAUCUUGCAGCAAGUCAAAAAAAAUGAUGAUGUGGGCAUAUUUGCAGUACACUCUGUGCAUCAAAGCUCUAAGGGAUGUUUCUGGCAUUCAGAGUGGUUCCUCUGUUGUUGCUCUUUCCAGCUGGAAAGAGGUGAGAAGCCUUUUUGGUGGAGACAUGUUUCUGGGCUGAUACCCAUUCCUUUUGGCUGUUUGCUUUUACUUGAUGAAUGGUCUGACACCCUGAGAGGAUGGUAGGUUGCUUCUUCCAUCCUGUGAUCUAGAAGACGAACAGGUAAACCUUUCCAGCGCUGGUGGAUUAAAGUAUGGUACAGGCAGUUUGAUAUCUCAAAGCUCUAACAGCCUCUAUUUUACAGAUUUCACUAUUAAAAUAACAAAAUGCAUGGCAGAAAAAAGUAAAAUUUAUUAUGGUCCAUCCUUCUUGGGAAGCUGGAAAUUGGAGCCCAAACCCUUUAGUCUCUGUUGUGUACAAGAGAUGCUCAGAAUGGAGCUGGGACUAGCAAGUUCAGUUCCUGGAAGAACCCGUGUAGUAAGUAGAACGUGGCUAAUUGGUGUUUCCACCAAUGGAUUUUAUUAGGUUUACGACUCAUGUACAUGUGACAAAAGAAGGGGUGAAAGAGGUGGUGCAGAAUACAGCUGCCUGGUUUUACUGAACGCUGAAUAGGGGCAUUAGGGGCAUUUCUUUAUCGUUUGGAUGCUCUUCUGCCUUGUGUUAAUGGAACUCCCAGAUUUCUGGGGAAGCCUCAAACCGGACACACCUGGGGCUCUGGGAUUUACUAUUGGCUACAUUUUGGAAAUGCAGAGUCAUUUUUAUAUGGUCCUUCCUUGUCAUCUAAAAAGUGUGGAGUGAAUUACAUGAAAUGGACUUACUCUUUCAAAACUGUAAAGCUAUGUAAGCAACUCUCGGACUAUAAAUAAUGAGGCUUGUUACUACUUAGUCCUGUAGUUAUUUACAUAAGUAUACUACAAGGGGAAGAACCAUGAUUAUGGAAAAGUAACAUUUCUCAGCAAGUGGCAAUAUUUUACACUAACUGAAGGCAGAGGGAAAAAGCAGCCUGUGCUAUUCUCUACAGGAAAUCUAGCAGAGAGAACUUAAUGUUCUUUCUUGUCAGAGGCUGCAAAUAAAAGUUAACUACAGCAGACCAUUGAUUUAUGUAACUGAAACCCUUGCCGCACUCCGCACAGAGCUAUUAAGGAGAGAAAAUACCAAGUUAGGAACAAGUAAAGACUCUCUGUAAACUUUUCCUUUCUCUCCCAUGUUCUGAGAGUCAGAUUAUGGCCAGAGAAACUAAUCAUAUCAAGUUUUCUUGAUCUGUUUUAACAAUACAACCCAGAAUACCCACAACAGGAUGGGAAAUGAGGCCUGAAAGUGCAAGAAUUUGCCCCAGAACAUGCAGAGAGGCAGAGCAGUUAUUUAAGACAGGGUUCUCGAGCUCACAGCACCAUCCAUUUGAUGUCUUUUAAAGUGAUUCUCUGUUAAAUACACUUUUAGUAUCUAUUAAAUUAAUUUUGUAAUAAAAUUAAGUAGUAGAGCUGAAGAAAUUGAAAAUGUGCAUCAGAUGGUAAUGUUUUCUAGUGUUUUAGCUCUAGGAAUUGCCAUUAGUAUGAUCAAUAAUCCAGGCAAUGCUUAUUUUAAGUGUAAAAGAUGAUACAGUAAUUAAUGGAAUUGAACAUAAUUAAGAUACAGCUAUUGAGAAAAAGUUAAUUGCUCAGCAAUCUGUCUGAAUAGCAGGUAUUUUGAUACUUCUAAAAGAAAAGCUGUAAAUUUAGGUACAACAAGGGGAGGUUGUGGAGAGGUUGGGGCCGGGGCCCAGGAAAGCAGCAGCCGCAUGUUGUGUCAGGGCUGUUCUCUGGGAAAGGGUCUGGAAGUCCUGCAAGAGAAGGACAUUGCAUUUUUCUGUUUAUCAAGGCCAAAAUGCAAACUGUCUUGCUUUACUGAAGCAAGAACGUUCUUCUCAAGCACAUGAAGCGAAGAUAUCAACAGCAUGUCCAGAGUAGUCCAACGCGGUAGAGUGUGAUGGCACUUUGAGGGAAAACACCUCAUCCACAGCAAGGCAAAUUUGGCUGUGAAUUAUAACCCACAGCUGGCCAACCCUUGGACUCUGCUCCCUACCUCACUUCUGGGCAUCUCACCCCAAAGUUGCCUGGCAGGGGCUGCUGUGUGCUGCCGCUUUAAGGCAGUGCCAGGCAGCAGGUCCUGUCUGCGGGAGCAGCAGGCAGCGAUGCAGGCGGCGAUGCAGGCAGCAAACCUCUGCUCCGCAGGACUCGCUGUCACUUGCUGCUCUCAACUUAAUAACAUUUGGCUGCUUGCGAGACAUCUGACCGGCAAGCUAAAGGCUUCCUUCUAGCACAGCAGAGUUCCACCUGCUGCGGGCACAGCUGCCAGCAUGGCAGCAGCGACGGGCUCUCCUGCCACAAAAACUGCCAAGUCCUGCAAAAAGUAUCGCACGGUGAAGCGGCACGCCGGCAUCUACACCUACCAGGAGCCACCCCACAGCAACUCAGAUGAUGAUAUUGGUGAAGAAAAGGCUGAGAGCCAUGACCCAGAGCAGAUCUUUCAGAACAUCCAGUACCAGAAGGAGAUUAUCUCCAACAUCCGCUGCCGGCCGUGGCCGAUGAGGCAGAAGCUGAGGGCACUCAGACAGGCAAAGGAGAUUGUGCUGAAGUAUGAAGGGAGGCUCACGAGAACAAGAGGUUAUCAAGCCGCUGGUGCAGAGCUUUGGAGGAAGUUUAUUCGACUUGCAUAUAAUUUUGUGGUAAUCUUUAUUCCUUGGGAAAUGAGAAUUAAGAAAAUCGAGAGUCAUUUUGGGUCUGGAGUUGCCUCUUACUUCAUCUUCUUGAGAUGGCUAUUUGGAAUCAAUAUCGUACUUACCAUAAUGACAGGAGCAUUUGUAGUCUUACCAGAGCUCCUGGCCGGAGCCCCGUUCGGCAGCACCGUCAGCAAGACCAUUCCCAAGGAGCAUAUUGAAUCUGCUCAAGACCUGGACACCAUCUGGUCACUUGGGGGCUACCUCCAGUACUCCGUGUUGUUUUAUGGCUACUACGGUCGUGACAGAAAGAUUGGGAAAGCUGGAUAUCGGCUGCCUCUUGCCUACUUCCUUGUUGGAAUGGCAGUGUUUGCUUACAGCUUUAUCAUUCUCUUAAAAAAAAUGGCAAAGAACUCAAGAAUGAGUUUAGCAAGUGCCUCUGAUGAAAAUUACACUUUCUGUUGGAGACUGUUCUGCGCUUGGGACUAUUUAAUAGGAAACCCCGAAGCUGCAGAGAGCAAAGCUGCUGCCAUAGUUAAUAGCAUUAGGGAAGCUAUAUUGGAAGAGCAGGAAAAGAAGAAAAGCAAAAACUUGGCAGUGACUAUAAGCUUAAGAAUUAUUGCAAACAUCCUUGUGCUUCUUUCACUUGCUGGUAGUAUUUACAUCAUAUACUUUGUUGUGGAUCGAUCCCAAAGGUUAGAGCGCACCAAAAAAGAACUGACUCUUUGGGAAAAAAAUGAGGUAAGUGUGGUUGUGUCACUGAUUACAAUGAUUGCACCAUCUGCUUUUGAACUUGUGGCAGCUCUGGAGAUGUAUCACCCAAGGACAACUCUUCGCUUCCAGCUUGCUAGGGUUCUUGUCCUAUACCUUGGAAACCUCUACAGUUUAAUCAUUGCUCUCCUGGAUAAAGUAGACAGUAUGAGUGUCACUGACUCUGACAUUAACAACGAUGCAAGUAAUUCAACCAACUUCUUGGCAACUAAAAAUUUUUCUAAAUAUUACAAUUUAUCUACAACUAUUCCUGAUGUACAAAUUAAAAGAAACAGCAUGGUGCCAUUGGAAGAGAGUCAUGGUCAAGGCUCAACAGUCUCUGCCUCACUGGUUAACAAAACCGUUUCCUCCGUCACCCAGAACCCACAGGAUCAGUGCUGGGAGACAUAUGUUGGUCAAGAGAUGCUAAAGCUUUCAAUUAUCGACAUGAUUUUCACAGUCGCAAGCAUCCUGCUGAUUGAUUUUUUUCGUGGACUGUGUGUCCGAUAUUUAAGUGAUUGCUGGUGCUGGGAUCUAGAAAGCAAGUUUCCAGAAUAUGGAGAAUUCAAAAUUGCAGAGAAUGUCUUGCAUUUGGUCUACAACCAAGGAAUGAUCUGGAUGGGAGCUUUUUUUUCACCUUGCUUGCCAGCAUUCAAUGUUCUCAAGUUGAUUGGACUCAUGUACCUGAGGAGCUGGGCGGUGUUAACAUGUAAUGUCCCACAUCAGCAGGUUUUCAGAGCAUCUCGAUCCAAUAAUUUCUACUUGGCCAUGUUGCUGUUCAUGUUGUUCUUAUGCAUGUUACCAACAAUUUUUGCUAUUGCCCGAUAUAAGCCAUCUUCAAGCUGUGGUCCCUUCAGUGGACAAGAAAAAAUAUAUGAUAUCGUUUCUGAAACAAUUCAACAUGAUUUUCCUGCAUGGUUCAACACAGUGAUUACUUACAUCAGCAGUCCUGUGGUUGUCCUCCCUGCACUACUACUUUUAUUCAUGCUAAUCUAUUACCUACAAAGUAUUGCAAGAUCAUUAAAAUUCACCAACAAUCAACUGAGGAUGAAGAUCCAAACGGAAAGAACUGAAGAUAAGAAAAAGGUGGUUCAGAUGGCAGUAGCCAGAAUCCAAAAUCUGGAUGGGAAUGACAAGAGACCUGAGCAAGAAACUGAUAUUAUCAGCCAGGAGUCUUCUGUUCGGACCUCAACUCCCCGAAAGAAUGGCAGUGUCUUAAAUUUUGAAUCUCCUGUGAGCAAAGGCACCAGAAUACAAACCAUUUCCCAGUCUGUGCCCCAAACUGUGCCUUCAACUGAUGUUGCAAGACCUGUCAACACAACUCCCGCAACUUCAAUCUCCUUAACACCAGCUCCCUCAGUAUCAAGUGUACAGAAACCAAGGAACAACCAUAUCACAAACAGAUACCCAAGCGUUGUGCAUGGGAGUGCAAGUGAGCUCUGUAAAACAAAGCCCUACACACCAGUGACUUUCAAGAAGCACACUGAAGAUGUUCAUUCUGAGCCUCUCUUUAGAAAGGGCAUUCGGCAGGUAAAUCCGGAUACUCUUGGGGCAGGGGCUCCUGUUUUUGUGGGACGUAGACCAUACACUACCAGAUACUUUGUUGUUAAUGAAAAUGAGUCCCACAAAAAAUCACUCCGUUCUACCUCCCGACUCCAAAGGCACUUCAGAAAAGAUGAAUCGGGAGACAUUAUUGAGUUGUAUCCACGCAAUGUCAGAAGAUAUGUGGUUCGAACUCCACACCAGAUGUAUUCCCCUCAUCCCAGUGAAGAUGAGGAGGAUGAAGAGGAACUUGAGAGAGAAUUCAUUAACAGAUCCCAUCGCCCUCGCUCACUGUCUGAUCUUCGCCCAGCACCACGAUUUUACAUUGGGGAACGUGCUGAUGGCCACAUUCUUAUGAGCAAAGAUCUAGCCAGAGUGCAUUACAAAUCCUGGGAUGAUGGUUUUGAGCUGGAUCUGGACAGGCCUCCAUAUGCUUACAAAAAAGUGCACCUGAACUAUGCCGAGCCACGUGUGAAACCAAAAUCAAAGCAAAAGCUGGAGCAAUCUCUAACAGAAUCUGAUUCCAUUUCCAUUGAAUCCAGCAGUGAUCCGCAGAACAGCAGCAACGACCAGUAUAUUCAGGUCAUUCAUAGCAAGGAAAAGUAUCCAAAACCUGGGACAAAACUCACCAAAAAUAAACCAAAAAACAGUGUUGAUCUAAAUAUGUCUGAGCCUAAUGAACUGGUAUGUUCAAAUGUCUGAGAAAGUGCCCCAGCGUCUUUGUGUUUUGAACAAGUAUACAUGCACUUGUUGUACUUGCUGUUCGAGGUCUAUCAGAAAAACUACAACAUAGUCUUUGCAGCAACAGUGUAUGCAGCCACUUGCAGUGGGAAAAGCAUAAAAUAGCCUUGUAGCUUACUGUUAACUGUACCUUGCUUUGCUAUCACAACAGAUACGUUGAAUAAUUUAUAAGAGAAAAUUAUUGCAAUUUUUUUACUUACUAUUAUGCUGUUAAAAACCAAACCUCCACAUAGUGGAAAAUCAAAAGCUAUGUACUUGGGGCACUUUAAUUAAACCAGUACAAAAAUA